CGGACUUCGUACUAUUUUGUUUUCUGUGAACAAGAUACUGCGUGCCAUAAAUAUCCGAUUCUUCAAGGUAGAGAAGUGUAGGGUUUCAGAACUUGAAAAAUCAAGUGCAAAACGGCUUUCAGAACUCGAGAUUGCUUAUGCGCUUCCUCUCUUAUCAUGCACUUCUACUUGAUUGUCAUUUACCUAGGAAAUUCUCACUAAUGGCCAUGGCAGUUCAACUGUGUACCUUCCAGUGUUCAUCAACCUUGAAACCCCACAGAAUAAUUCCAAAAACCCAGAACAAAAAUCCUCUUAAAAUCCCAAAACUUUCUCAAACACCCUUUAAAUUUAAUAUCACUCUCAAAGAGAUAUGCAAGAGAGGAAAUUUAGAAGAAGCUUUUCUAGAACUUCAAAAUUUUAUCACUAGCCAAAACCCGCCUCAGUUACCUCCAGAUGAAGCUUAUUCUUCAAUUCUUGACAUUUGUGCUGCUAAAAAAACACUGUUGCAAGGUCAACAAAUUCAUGCACAUAUAAUCACAUCAAAUACUGACAUUGAUUCAGUGUUUUUGAGUACUAAACUUGUUUUCAUGUAUGGGAAAUGUGGGUCUUUGUCCGAUGCCAAGAACUUGUUUGAUGAUAUGCCUGAAAGAACUAUAUUUACCUGGAAUGCAAUGAUUGGUGCUUAUGUUUCCAAUGGAGAACCAUCUGGUGCACUUGAAUUGUAUCGAGAAAUGCGGCUAUCGGAUAUAACUUUGGAUGCUUGCACUUUUCCUUCAGUGUUGAAGGCUUGUGGGCUGAUGAAAGAUUUGAACUAUGGGGCUGAGAUUCAUGGUUUAGCGAUAAAAUGUGGGUUUAUUUCGGUUAUUUUUGUUGCCAAUUCACUUGUGGGUAUGUAUGCAAAAUGCAAUGAAUUCGACCGAGCAGCACAGUUAUUUGAUAGAGUAAUUGAAAAGGGAGAUGUUGUUUCAUGGAAUUCUAUUAUUUCGGCAUAUUCGAACAACGGACAGGGUUCUGAGGCCUUGCGGUUCUUUAAAAGAAUGCAAGAUUCUGGUGUGGCCAAAAAUUCGUUUACUGUUGUUGCAGCUCUACAGGCUUGUGCAAAGCCAUCAUUCUCAAAAUUUGGCAUGGAAAUUCAUGCAGCUCUGUUAAGAUCUGAUAGGGAACUUGAUGUUAUUGAAACUAAUGCUUUAGUUAUUAUGUACUCGCGAUGUGGUAGAACGGAUGAAGCCUUACGAGUUUUUCACAAGAUGGAAGAGAAAGACAGUAUAUCUUGGAAUUCAAUGCUUUCAACCUUUGUGCAAAAUGAUCUUUACAAAGAAGCAGUGGCAUUCUUCCAUGAAAUGCUGGAAGCAGGUCAUAAGACUGACCUGGUUUCCACUGUUAGUAUACUUACUGCAUUGGGUCGUCUGGGGAAUCUUCGGAAUGGAAUGGAAGUUCAUGGUUAUGCAAUUAAACAUGGAUUGGAUUCUGAUCUUCAGGUAGGAAACACACUUAUAGAUAUGUAUGCCAAGUGUUGUUGUAUACACUAUAUGACCCAAGUUUACGAUGAGAUGCUGAAUAAAGACCUGAUAUCCUGGACAUCCAUGAUUGCCGGGUAUGCUCAGAAUCAUUGUUAUCUGGAGGCUCUGGAAUUGUUUCGAGAAGUGCAGAUGAAAGGGAUAAGAGUCGAUUCCAUGAUAAUUGGGAGCAUACUCCUUGCUUGUAGUGGCAUGACGUGCAUAUCUUCUGUGAAGCAAAUUCAUGCCAACAUUUUGAGAUUGAAUUUGUUUGAUCACGUUCUAGAGAACACAAUUGUGGAUGUAUAUGGUGAGUGCGGGAAUACUGAGUACGCGUCUCUGAUAUUUAGCAGGAUAGGUAAUAAAGAUGUCGUGUCCUGGACAAGUCUAAUAUCUUCUUAUGUCCGUAAUGGUAUGGAAAAUGAAGCUCUUGAAGUCUUCUGCAAAAUGGGAGAGACAGGUGUGAAACCUGACUUGGUAUCUCUUUUGAGCAUACUUUCAGCGUCUGCGAGUUUAUCUGCCUCCGGAAAGGGAAAAGAGAUUCACGGUUUCCUCAUUAGGAAAGGCUUCCCAAUGGAUGGAUCUGUCGCGAGUUCUCUUGUGGAUAUGUAUGCUCGCUGUGGAAAUAUAGAGAACUCUUUCAAGGUAUUCAAUCUUGUUGAGCACCAGGACCUGAUUUUAUGGACUAGUAUGAUCAAUGCUAGUGGUAUGCAUGGACAAGGCAAGGAAGCCAUAAAUAUAUUUAACAGAAUGUUGGGUAGGGGAUUGAAGCCUGAUCACGUAACAUUUUUAGCGCUUCUAUGUGCAUGUAGUCACUCAGGAUUAGUCGAGGAAGGCGGGAGAUAUUUUGAUUUAAUGAGAAAUUCAUAUCAGUUAGAACCAUGGCCGGACCACUAUGGGUGUGUAGUUGAUCUUCUUGGACGUGCUAAUAGAUUAGACGAGGCUUACAGUUUUAUGAAGAACAUGCCAAUCGAACCAACAGCAACUAUAUGGUGUGCUCUCCUUGGGGCUUGUCGUGUCCACUCCAAUAAGGAACUUGGAGACAUUGCAGUGAAAAAGCUACUGGAGCUGGAUCCCCAAAGCCCUGGAAACUACGUACUUGCAUCAAAUACGUUUGCAUCCACUGGAAGAUGGGAAGCUGUGGACGAAAUGAGAAACAUAAUGAGGACAAGGGGUUUGAGGAAGGAUCCUGCUUGUAGUUGGAUUGAAAUAAAUAAUAUGGUGCACACCUUUAUGGUAAGAGAUGUCUCUCAUCCAAAUUCGGAAGAAAUUUACUCGAAAUUGGAUGAAAUUACAGAAAGAUUGAAAAGAGAAGGUGGCUAUGUUCCCGAGACUAAGUAUGUUUUGCAUGAUAUACAAGAAGAUGAAAAGGUUAACUUGCUCUAUGGGCAUAGUGAAAGGCUUGCCACUGCUUUUGGUCUAAUACAAACUUCUCCUGGUACGCCAAUUCGAAUCACAAAGAACCUUCGGGUUUGUGGUGAUUGCCAUGUUUUCACCAAGCUUGUUUCAAAGAUACUUGAACGAGUAAUCAUUGUAAGAGAUGGAAACAGGUUCCAUCGCUUCGAAAAUGGGGUCUGCUCUUGUAAAGAUUUCUGGUAAUGAUAUCCUUAUUUGAUUGUUACACCA